UGGAAGGGAUUUGUCAUGAACCCUCAAAGUUCCAGAUGGUGUGAAAAUGGCAACCAUAUUGGUCAGGGAGAAAUCCAAGCAAGUCGAAUUGAAAUGAAUGGCAGUAUCCUAACCUUCCUCUGAGUUGCAUUAUUUUCCAGAGAACGGAUAGAGCCAGGAGUUGAUUAUCCCAUUUAUACCAUGGCUAAAAAUGUUUUCAACAUCCACUGAUGUACACGACAUGGCCAAAAGUAGGUGGACACCCCUUCAAAUGAGUGGAUUCUGCUAUUUCAAUUGAAAGUCAAUAUACCAUAUUUUUUUUUAACAGGGUGUGUUUUUUGUGGGGGGGGGGGGGGUUUACCCUCGCUGGUGUCGUCUCCUGAGUGCCUGGAUACAGCCACAGACAAUCGAGCAAUAGAUAGAUAUAGAUAGAUAGAUAUAGAUAAACAUUGGCAGUAGAAUGACCUUACUGAAGAGCUUAGUGACUUUCACCGUGGCACAGUCAUAGGAUGCCACCUUUCCAACAAGUCAGUUUGUAAAAUGUCUGCCCUGCUAGAGCUGCCCUGGUCAACUGUAUGUGCUGUUAUGGGGAAGUGAAGAUGUCUAUGAGCAACAACGGUUCAGCCGCAGUGGUAGGCCACACAACCUCACAGAAGGGGACCGCUGAGCCAUGUAGAACGUAAAAAUCGUCUAGCCUUGGUUGCGACACUCGCUACCGACUUCCAAUGCCUAUGGAAGCAACGUCAGCAUGACCCCAUGCACAAAGCGACACCCAUACAGAAAUGAUUUGUCGAGAUUGGUGUGGAAGAACUUCACUGGCCUGUUCGGAGCCCUGACCUCAACCCCAUCGAACACCUUUGGGAUGAAUUGGAACGCCGACUGUGAGCCAAGCCUGAUCGCCCAACAUCAGUGCCUGACCUCCGUAAUGCUCGUGGCUGAAUGGAAGCAAGUCCCUGCAGCAAUGUUCCAACAUCUAGUGGAAAGCCUUCCCAAGAUGUUCAACAAGCAGGUGUCCACAUACUUUUGGUCAUGUAGUGUAGCUAGCAAGUUUAUUAGAUAGCUUCAGUAGUUGCCUUGGUAACCAAACAAACAGAUUUACUGGGUUAGCUAACUAAAUCAUUAAGGCGUCCGCAUGUCUCCCAGCCUAAAUGAUUCAGAACUUUGCAUAUUUUCUGACGUUUUGGAGUAGAUUUUUUUUGGCGGGUUGGGGGGCUGUUCUGGCACACAAGUUCGGCGCCAAGGUCUAUGCCUCUUCAUCUGUAAUUGGUCAACAGUAAGGAUUCUUGAAUAAAGUCUGUCAUUCGACACAAGACGAAUAGUUUAUGCACCUUUUCAAAAUGAGUAACAGAUUUCAGUUAAUUCUGACUAUUUUGAGUGGCUACGGCAUCUCAAAAUGGACAAACAGUACUAUUGCCACUUUUUUUCCCUUGUUUUUCAAGCUAAGGUCUUUUGAGGAAGUAUACGAGCACACUCGUUUGGUUCGCCUAGCCGACUUUGACUAGCAGCCAGCCGAACUGAAGCAUGCCAACGCCUUUAGUCUUAGCUUGCUAUUAUGAAAAUUGAAUUCAACAAUGCCAGUAAUGUUUUCAAUUCAAGUUUUGAUUUCAAAAGCAGCUCGAACAUAUAAGAACAAAUCAUAGCCAUGGAAUUAUACAGUGCAAAUAUACUGCGUGUUAUAGGGAAAUAAUGCACUCUAGAACGCCCUUCAAGCCAAUCAGAAAUGAGUAUUCAACAAUGCCAUGGUAUAUUUAAAGGCUCUGCAUGGUCAAUCUAACUUCUGAAGUGGCUGUACAGUAUUUACUGCGAUGCAGCCUCUGCAGACAUCAGGGCUUUCAUACUUCAUGUGCUUAGCGGAGCAGAGGAGAGCUAUUGUGAAGGAAGUUUUUAACUUCUUAUGGCUGGGGGCAGUAUUGAGUAGCUUGGAUGAAUAAGAUGCCCAGAGUAAACUGCCUACUACUCAGUUCCAGUUGCUAAUAUGUGCAUAUUAUUUGGAUAGAAAACACUCUGAAGUUUCUAAACCUGUUUGAAUGAUGUCUGUGAGUAUAACAGAACUCAUAUGGCAGAAAAAACCUGAGAAAAAAUCCAACCAGGAAGUGGGAAAUCUGAGGUUGGUUGUUUUUCAACUCAUUCCCUAUUGAAGACACAGUGGGAUAUUGGUCAUGUUGCACUUCAUAAGGCUUCCACUAGAUGUCAACAGUCUUUAGAACCUUGUUUGAUGCUUCUACUGUGAGGAGGGGCCGAAUGAGAGGGGAAUGAGUCAGCGGUCUGCCAGAAUGCCUUGAGCUCGUGACGCUCGUUCACGUGAGAGUGAGCUCUGUUCCAUCGCAAUUCUACAGACAAAGGAAUUCUCCGGUUGGAACAUUAUUGAAGAUUUAUGUUAAAAACAUCCUAAAGAUUGAUUCUAUACAUCGUUUCACUUGUUUCUACGGACUGUAACAGAACCUUUUGACAUUUCGUCUGCUCCUAGUGAACGCGCUUUGAGUUUGGAUUUGUUUACAAAACGCGCUAACAAAAGUAGCUAUUUUGACAAAUUAUGGACAUUAUUGAACAAAACAUUUAUUGUGGAACUGGGAUUCCUGGGAGUGCAUGUUGGCAUAUUGGCAGUGAAUUUUGAAAAAUGUAUGAGAUCAUUCCUAUAAAACUGGCUGGCUAGCUAGCUAGCUAGCAGUGCCGAUUAAUUAUUUUGCCAGAAGUUUCCGAUGCCACCGUUACGCUUGUUUAAACUAAGCUGCACUGGGGUGGGAACACAAUCAUGAUUAUAUUAAGGCAGUGGCGCGGGCGCAAGUUAUGGGUCGGUAAACGUACCUCAAUGCAGGGAUGGGAUAUGCAUUCUCCUGCCUUUUUACUGGCUUUUGUGGAGCGAUGGGUAACGAUGCUUCGUGGGUGACUGUUGUUGAUGUGUGCAGAGGGUCCCUGGUUCGCGCCCGGGUAUGGGCGAGGGGAUGGUCUAAAGGUAUACUGUUACACAUACUUGUGAACAUAAGUAACCAUUUACAUUUAAUAAACAGGUUCUCCGGUACAAAAGGAGUAUCAGCCAAUUAAAAUAAUCAAUUUACUUGCUCGUGAUCGAACACUAAAUUGUAGCUGGUCCCAUCAGAUUACAUGGCACACGUUAGCCCUAUGCUAGCCUCAACAGGUGGCACUGACUAUAUCCUGUCACAAGUACUUCAUCAGCCUAUCAGUUCGACACAUACAACGACACAGAGUUACACAUGGAGUAAAACAAACAUACAGUCAAUAAUACAGUAUAAACAAGUCUAUAUACGAUGUGAGCAAAUGAGGUGAGAUAAGGGAGGUAAAGGCAAAAAAGGCCAUGGUGGCAAAGUAAAUACAAUAUAGCAAGUAAAACACUGGAAUGGUAGAUUUGCAAUGGAAGAAUGUGCAAAGUAGAAAUAAAAAUAAUGGGGUGCAAAGGAGCAAAAUAAAUAAAAUUAAAUACAGUAGGGAAAGAGGUAGUUGUUUGGGCUAAAAUAUAGGUGGGCUAUGUACAGGUGCAGUAAUCUGUGAGCUGCUCUGACAGUUGGUGCUUAAAGCUAGUGAGGGAGAUAAGUGUUUCCAGUUUCAGAGAUUUUAGUAGUUCGUUCCAGUCAUUGGCAGCAGAGAACUGGAAGGAGAGGCGGCCAAAGAAAGAAUUGGUUUUGGGGGUGACCAGAGAGAUAUACCUGCUGGAGCGCGUGCUACAGGUAGGAGAUGCUAUGGUGACCAGCGAGCUGAGAUAAGGGGGGACUGUACCUAGCAGGGUCUUGUAGAUGACAUGGAGCCAGCGGGUCUACUAUUAUUCUGACAUUUCACAUUCUUAAAAUAAAGUGGUGAUCCUAAAUGACCGAAGACAGGGAAUUUCUACUUGGAUUAAAUGUCAGGAAUUGUGAAAAACUGUGUUUAAAUGUGUUUGGCUAAGGUGUAUGUAAACUUCCUACUUCAACUGUAGCUAAUGGAGUUAGUUGAAAUGCAAUCAACAAAACAAUACGAGGCUAAUUUGGAUCUCUAGUGUUAAAGGGAUAUGUCGUGAUUUUUAGCAACGAGGUUCUUUAUCUACAUCCCCCCCCAGAGUCAAAUGAACAAUGAGGCUCUUUGUCUACAUCCCCCAGAGUCAGAUGAUCUAGUGGAUACCAUUCUUAUGUCUCUGUGUCCAGUAUGAAGGAAGGGACUACCUGGUGACCAUCGAGGAGAAGAACAACGCCCCCUACCUACGCGCCUACACCAACUGGCGCUACCAGGCGGCUGAGAAGACCCGCGUUGGCGUGCGUCUGCUCGGUCAUUUCCUGCGCGGCUCGUCCAUGCGCGGGGCUCCCAAGGAGCAGAUGGAGAUCAUUGAGAUUCCACUGUUUGAGCGUCCGCUGUGUGUGGCGUGCUGUGGGGUGACCGGAGACCUGCUGGUGGGGUGUCCUAAGAGCCUGGUGCUGUUCAGUCUAAAGAGACAGGCCCUCAACGACAAACUCUCCAUCCUGGACUUUGAGCGCUGUCUCAUCAUCCACCUCCCGGGACUGUCGCCCCAACAGGUAGGGAUGGAUGUGGCGAUCUGUGCAGGGUACAUUGCCCUGCAGACAGAGCUGGAGGUGCUGGUGGUCAAACUGGAGAGACUUCCUGGUGCUGCUUUUACCCAGAAGUCAGCUGACAAGAAGCCCCAGGACCACAGUCUGGUCCCCCAAGAUAUGAUCACUGGAGCAGAACACGACAACGAGACGGAGGGGAGGAGAGAGGGUCUGGCUGGUCACCGUGACCAUGAUGACUUCUUCAUUUUCCCCAAGCACCAAGAGCUCCUGGGGGACAGGGCUAAGGACUGUGGGGUCAAGAUCUCUCUGGAGUGGACAGGCAUGGAGAGUGAGGCCAGGGGCAACCUCAUCAUCACCUAUAUCUUAUACAGGCGUUUUGCUCCAGACUUCUUCCAGGACUGUAGUGUUGAGGAGACCCACCUGCACUCCCUGCAGUUUCACCCAGUGUUCACCAGCAACCAGGAAGUAUGUGUGGAGGGGGGUAGAGGGGUGGAGCCGACAUGUUUGUUCUGUUUCUUCUCGCUGCCCAAGACGGGCUAUUUGUACAGCGUGAGGGGCGGGGUUCAGAUGGUCUCAGCCUAUCAGUAUCCAGAGAAGGCCCAGCAGGCCGUCCUCACUGACCUCUUCCUCCACAUCAUCACAAAGAAUGCUCUCCAGUGCUUCUCAGUGAGAUGUGCAGCAGUGGCAGCCAGAGCUGAGGACCCUUACAUCGAUACCACCAUGAAGGCCUGUCCUCCCAUCACCAUGGAGUUGUGUGCUCUGCGUAUUCAGCUGUUCAUUGGUCUGAAGGCUCUGUGUCACUACCGACACCACGUCGUCCUGCUGACCACUGCAGAUGUGGAGACCAGGGAGGACACAGAGAGGACCGCACGCAGAGUCAUAGAAUACAAAGAUCACAAAACCCUUAGGGGGAUUUUCCUAGCAGUAGGUAUAGAGCCUUCCACCACGCCGGCUCUGAAGCAUUUUCUGGCCAACUCCUUCCUGAACAGGAAGUCACCCUUCACCAAGCCCCAGAAUCCCAGUGAGAUGGGUCACGGCUGGAACCUGUACGUGGUCAACACCGUCACCCCGCUCCAGCUCUACAACGAGAUGGUGGAGUACAGUAAGACGUAUGAGGAAACCAACCCUCUGUCUCACAGCCGUCUGCACCUGCUCAGUGAAGCCCACCUCCUCUUGAGAGCCACGCUCCUGGACCCCCGGGUUGGAAACCCUGUAGAACGGCCUCAGACCACUGGUCAGAACCUCGCCCAGGCCCUGAGAUAUAAUACAACCCCCACCGCAGACAGACGGGAGCUGCUGCAGGCCUUCCAGGAGAGCUGCGCCCAGUUAGGAGACUGCUUCAGCAGGUUUGAUAAGCGGGACUGCCACCUGGCCCUGCCCUACUACAAGAUGUCAGGCCUGUCUCUGACAGAGGUGAUCUCCAGGAACAGGGGUCUGUCUAACAGCCUCUGUGGCUACGGGCAGGGCUUCCUCUACUUCCUCAAACACUCCCUCUAUGAGGAGACCCUGGAGCUGCUCACUGAGGAGACGGCCAACGAGGUGCUGGAUAUCUUCGGUGUGGCCGAGCCGUCCCAGCUUCCCCAUGUUAUAGCCAGCCCUUCCAUGGCCAGAGCCAGCCCUGACUGUGGCCUGGCCCACCUAGAGCGGCUGGAGUCCAUCGGAGCCCCCUCCGUACCCCUCACCCUGUCCAAGGCUGCCCUGGCCCUGCGCAUGCCAGACCUGCAGCUCUACAGGCAACACAUGGACCGACACACAGAGAUGCUGCAGGUGUAUGGGUUCAUCGAGGAAGCCAAGCUGCUGCUGCACGGCAGAGGGGAUACGGUGGUACCUACUCUCCUGGCUCGUCACCUCAGGGACAACCAGGACGGCCUGCUGGUGGCAGCCAUGGUGGCGCUGCACGAGAACGACAAGGUCAAACUGGACGAGGCUGACCUCUUCUUCCAGGAGCUGUGUGGGGAUGUGUCAGGGCCCCAGGGAGGCCCUCAGCUACUGGUUGACUUCUGGGAAGCCUUGCUGAUGGCCUCGUCACAGGAAGCCGUCAUCCAGGAGCUGCUGUUCCGCCUCACCACUGUCUACAUCGAUCGCGUCACACGCCGAGACGGCCGCGGAUUCAAACCGCACAAGAGCGCAGACGACCUGAUUAACUGGUGUUCCCACUACGGCGUGUUGUAUCCCUGGGUCAGCAUCCUGACUCCAGCUCACUUCAACAUCAUUCCAGAGGACCUUCACAAACUACAGUCCCUGCUGUGCGGUCCCACCCUGGACGUGUCAUCCAUCCUGCCCCUGUUGGAGCAGCUGCCUGACGAGGACAACGCCGGGCUCAGUGUGCACGUGCUCUGUGCCACCAAGCUGGGUCACUACGAGAGCUCCAUCGAGAGGUUGCUCGACCGCUGUCCUCAGGCCAUCAUCCCUUAUGCUAAUCAUGAGCUGCAGAACAACAACAUGGCUCUGUGGUGGCAGAAGCUGUUCCCCGAGCUGUGUGAGAGAACCAGAGCAACACAGGGAGAGAACACCAUCCUGCUGGCUGCACUCAAAGAAACGCUGGUGGUGGUUGCCAUGGAGCUGAACCCCCUGGAGUUCCUGGACCUGUUGCCUGACGACGGGACGGUCCACUUCUUCCUGCCUCACCUGCUGGAGUGCAGCCAGAGAAACCUCAUGAUGUGAGGAGGAGGAGCCGUAGAAUUACAACUAGUAGAACAGACAUACAGAAGCUCUAAAAGCCACUGUUUUAUUUCAUGGUCCAUCCAAUAUGGCAGAUUAGUUAAAUUUGACAUUUCUGCCUAAGUAGAACAGGUUAGUUGGUGUCCAUUUUAAGCGUACAUUCCAAGUGGUACACCCAGUACAGCAACUGAUGCAACGGACCGCUGGUUUGAAUGGAAAUGUCCCUUCUACUGAUUCUAUUUCUAUGGAGGAUCCUAAACCUGGAAGGCGCUGGACAAUCAACCACUUAGUGUGGAGUGAGCCUCUCAAAACGCUACUACUGUAGAGCCUUGUGGAAAUGGUACCCCAUACAAAACCACCGUUUGUAGUCCUAUUAGUCAAAUUAAUAUGAACAGAGAAUUUUGCUGUGCAGAGAUGACUAUUUUCUGAUUUUUAAUAAGGAAAUCCUGAAUUAUUUUUUAAACUUUUUUUUUUUUUUUACCUCAAUUUUUCUAUUACUGUUUAGUAUUGUCACAUCGCUAGUCAUACCCUGCAGUGGUACAGUACCUCUUCUGUGUGGACUUGUGGAUACCCCUGAGACCUUUAUUACUGAGUAUUAGGAACUGGAUGUUGAGUUAUACACUGGACUAGUCUUUCUGGUGUUCAUUGGAAGAAGAGAUAAGAAAAUGUGGUAGAAUAACGUGGAAGGAAGCUUCUCUGAGAGGUAUAACCUCAGUACUGUUGUUUUGCUUUUAUCAGUUUUUUUUGUUGAUGUUUUCGCUGUGUUUAAUAAAUGCUCUUUAAAAUGG